AUGGAGCAAGACACAUCGAGAUCAGAGCAGCCGGUGCGCGCUUCUGAGCUGCAUAAAACCUCCCGGCGUCCGCGUGCCAACACUGGCCCUCGCUCCAAGCGUGCUAAAUACACGGCCAUAGCUUGUAUACGCAUCGACAAGUUGGAACAGGAAGUUGCCAACCUUCGCCAGCAGGUGACUCGUCUUGCGAGCUUGUUGGACAAGGGCCACACACCGCGGAAUGAAUUUCAUGCCGUGGAGAGCGCGUACACACCUAGCCAGGCGUCACUUUCGGCUGCCGGUGUCAAGGAACGCAAAGAAGUACAAUUUGUCGGAACGACUCGGCCAGCUUAUGCUCUCAAUGUUGCAAAGGCAACCUUGUCAGUUGUCGACGAGCCAUCGGACAAUUCGGGUUCUGAAGCAGAGGAUGCCUCGAUACCUCCACAUACGCACAGUCCUGCCGACACCCGGGAUCCGUCGCAGGACCCUUUACUGACAAUGCCCGUCUCAAUGAUCUAUCGACUAUUGGACGUAUUUCGUGAUGAGAUUGAGCCUGUAUAUCCUUUAUUGGAUACGUCAAGCUUACGAUCUAGGAUGCCUGAAAUGCUCAAGCAGUUUGAACAGGAACAAUCUUUUCAGUUCGAUGGAAGAGUCAGCCAGAAGGACAUCCAUCUUCUCAAGAUAGUUCUUGCUACAGCUCUCGUUCUUGACAGCCAUGAAAAGACCGAGCUGUGUGCGCGCCUCAUCAGUUCAUUUGAGGAUGACGCCUUGCGAAUCACCUCCCCGUCCGAUGUAGAUCUCCAAGAAGCUCAGAUAUUUGCUAUCAUGAGCAUAUACCACUUCCAUUGCGAUGAAGAGCUCCUGGCUUACCGCAGCAUCGGCAUCUCGACGCGCAUGAUCCUCGAGCUGGGUCUACAUCGUCGUCGUAGUCUAUACGAGAAUUAUCCAAAUCCCGCCCACCGGUCUUUGGCCAUUCGCGUUUUUUGGUGCAUCUAUGUCCUCGAUCGAAGGUGGAGUUUUGGUACCGGCCUUUCAUUCGCACUGAUCGACCGCGAUUUGAACCCACCUGAACCGUCGCCAGACAUGCCAUACUUCUAUUGCCUUGUGGCUUACGCGAAACUGUGUUCGAAGGUGUGGGAGGCGAUUCCUCAUUACGGAUCAUCCCAUGAAGCUAUGCCCCCAAGCACAGAAUCGUCUUUGGAGAGCGACAUACAAGAAUGGUUCUCAACGAUCCCUGAGGAUUUGUACCUCACCCGUGUGGAUGCAUCACCACCUGCACAGUUGAACCCACCGGAUCGCAAUCUUUUCCGUCACCUUCAGACUUUACUCUACCUUCGUGGCAAUUAUAUACGAUGCCUCAUACACAGGCACCAUGUUGUAUCCUCGGCUGCUAUUGCCAAAAACCCUGUCAACGCCCGGCUGGUGGUGAGCAUUGCUCAAGACACCAUUCGAAUCUUGGUCACCCUCAACGAUACGAGUGAUAUUUACUCCAAGCAUCAAGUGGCCUACAACUACUUCCUAAUCAGCGCCAUAUCGAUCCUCUUACUGGCGGUCUGCCAUGCGCCCGCAGAGUUCGCACAGGGCUGUCGCCAGGACUUUUCUACCGCCAUCAAUCUCGUGCGCGGAUUGUCCCAGAUCAGUCUACAAGGGCGGAGAUUAUGGCACAGUAUUCGUGGUCUGGUCGCACGACUCAAACAGGUCGGAAUCAUUGAUGCCUCAUCUACUUCACAUGAGCCCCCAACUAGAAGAGCUCGAAGAUCUAGUCAACAGGCUGUUCACAACUCCAAUCAAUCAUUGGCUCAGUCGCCCCAGACAUCGAUAAUUCGGUACCCAACCAGCGCGACCGCGCGCGCGACUCACGACGAUGGGCAUAGCACGUUGGAAUCGGUCAAUUUCCAAACGACCAUGCCCGACACGAAUAUGAUGGGCGAUGAACUAAUGGGUGUCUUUGACACAUUUGGCGCUGCUUACAUGGAAAACAGCCUUGAAGCAAACCCACAGCAGGCCACAUCCCAUUUUGACGAUAGCCUGUCUUUCCUGAACCAAGACGUCAACGACUUUUCAGAAUAUUUCAUGGGCCUAAUUUGA